AUGUCCGCUCAAGACAAGGCCCAACAAUACCUUGGUCAGCUCGACCGUGAGCUCUCCAAGUACCCCGCCCUCAACAACCUUGAGAAGCAGGCUGGUGUUCCCAAGGCCUACGCUGUCAUUGGUGUCGGAGCUCUCUACUUCUUCCUCAUCAUCUUCAACCUCGGCGGUCAGCUUCUUACCAACUUUGCUGGUUUCGUCAUUCCCAGCUACUACUCUCUCGGUGCUCUUUUCACCCACAAUAAGGAGGAUGAUACUCAGUGGUUGACUUAUUGGGUUGUUUUCGCUCUCUUUACCGUUAUUGAGAGCUUUGUCCAGGUCGUCUACUGGUUCCCCUUUUACUUUGUCUUCAAGUUCAUCUUCCUUCUCUGGCUCUCCCUCCCUGCCUUCCGGGGUGCUGAUCUCGUUUUCCGAUCUUUCCUGGCCCCUACCCUCGGCCGAUACUUCCAGCAGUCCGGCUCUACCGCCUCAGGUCUCCGUGCCAAGGCUGACGGCCUUGACAAGACCGAGUAA